UCUUGGGGCGGUUGCUGCAAUUUCGACCUCCUUAACUCACAGCUGUGCAGAGGGAGCAGAAAAUGACUGGCCAAACGACCACUGAGCCCCCCAGAUGUUGCUUCUUCAACAUCAAGACAGCAACAGUCGCUCUAGGGAUCUUCCACAUGGUUAUGAGCAUUUUGCUGCUGAUUGAGUACUCCCUGGAGGUGGCAAGUGGGAAAGGCUUUUGUAAAGACCUGGACAAGGAUUACUACAGAAUUGCUGAUGUUGUCACCAGUUUCCUGUUGAUCAUCAUGCUGUUCAUCAUCAGCUUCAACCUCCUCCUUGGUGUGGUGAAGAAGAGGGAACGUCUCCUGAUCCCAUUCCUUGCUCUACAAGUCAUGGACUUUCUCCUCAGCCUCCUAACAAUGUUCAGUUCCUACAUUCAAGUCCCUGAGAUAAUUUCUGUGUCCUCCCUUCGCCACACGCGGGGAAGCUCGAAGAUCCCUUUCCUGGCUCUGCAGCUGCUGGACUUCUGCCUGAGUAUUCUCACUCUCUGCAGCUCUUACAUGGAGGUCCCCACCUAUCUCAGCCUCAAGCCUUCACACAAUGGGGGCUUAUUGCCAACCGUGGAGAAGUUACCAACAGAGGAAUAUGCCAAAGUGAUGGUCACCUUCACCAUUGCGUUCAUUGCUGUCCUCUUCCUGAAGGCCUAUAUGUUCAAGUGUGUCCUGAGCUGCUUUAAGUACAUUAAAGCCAGCAAGAGAAAGGAGGUGAAAGUUGACCCACAAGUGGUUGAAAAGGCUGCACUGCCAUCAUAUGAGGAAGUCUUAGAGCUGCCUUCCAAGGAAUCCCCACCACCCUACGUGGCAAUCUAA